UUUAUUUGAUAUGGUUUCAUUUUUAUGUUGUUGCUGGUUGAAUUUUUGGUACUAUUCUUCCCUCUUUUUGAGAAAUAGUGGUUUGCUGUCUUGCUCAUAGAUGAUUACAUCACAGUUCUCCUGUAUUUCUCUGUUCUUCAUUUGAAAUUUAUUAGUUCCCAAAUUCUCGUGAAUGAUUCCUCUGACUGUCCUGUGUAUGUUUUGCCUCUAAUUUAUUAUCUGCAGUGCUGCUUUAGUGAAAUCAACUGUGUUAAUUUGUGACUAUCUUGAAACGCACUUACAUCUCCUUCAAUUUUAAGAGAACAGUUUUCUUUGUGCAACAAGUUCCUUGAUGGUGAUUUUCUCUUCAAGCUUCAGAAGUCUUUCCAUGCUCUCCUGUCUUUGUGACCAUUGACAGGACCCCAGAUAGAAUUGUGUUUUUGGGGUCUUUUCAUGUGGUUUGACAUUAUUCUCUAACAGCUUACUGUAUUAACUUUUCCGUUUUGACCCCUUGAUUUGAGAGGGAAGCAACCAUCUAUUCAUUGUUCCUGAAAGAGAAAGCCAAAGAAGAGAAACAGUUAGAAAUGGUUGAUUCUCCAGUAAUCAUGUCUCAGGGUCCUUUGACAUUCAGGGAUGUAGCUGUGGACUUUCCCCAGCAGGAGUGGGAAUGCCUGGACUCUGCUCAGAGAUCUUUGUACAUUGAUGUGAUGUUGGAGAAUUACAACAACCUGGUCUUUGUGGAGAAUUAUUACAGAUGUGAUCCUGUCCAUCAACUUGUGAAGACUGAAAAGGAGUCUUGUCAGUGUACUGAACUUGGCAAAGUGCCUCACGACCCCUCCACACUUGCACUUUAUACAACAAGUGAAACUACAGAAAACUCUAAUAACUACACAUACAGUAACAACAAGGAUGCCUCUACUGACUCAUCACACCUAGAUAGACAUGAAAGCAUGCACACUGGAGAAGAACUUUGCAAAUCUAAAGACCAUGAGAAAUCUUUAAAUUUGUGUUCCAACAUUACUCAAGAUCAGAGACUCUACACUGCAAAGAAGGAGCAUAGGCAGGGAGAAUAUCAUGACCAUUUUGCCUCUGCAUAUAGUCUUUUGCAACAAGCAAUUCGAGAGACACCACACCAAUGUGGGAAAUGCGGGAAAUGCUUCAAGGCUGCCUUAUACCUCACUGAACAUGAGAGAAUUCAUGCUGGAAUUAAACCCUACAAGUGCAAUGUUUGUGAAACAUCCUUUACCCAGCUUUCAAGUCUUGAUAUACAUCUAAGACUUCAUACUGGGGAGAAUCCUUACAGAUGCAAAGAAUGUGGAGAGUCAUUUCGUCAGUUGUCAGCACUUCAUAGCCAUCAGAAGUUGCAUAAUGGAGAGAAACCUUACAAAUAUAAGGAAUGUGGCAAAUCCCUUGCCCACUCUUCCACUCCUAAGAAACAUCAGAAAAAGCAUGUUGUUAAGAGACAUUAUAUUUGUCAAGAAUGUGGCAAAGUCUCUCAUAGUCCUUCACACUUUAAGGAUCAUUCCAGAGUCCAUACUGGAGAGAAGCCUUUCAAAUGCAAUGAGUGUGACAGAUCCUUUCCCCACUAUUCAUCAUUGAGUAGGCAUAGGAAAACUCAUAAUCCAGAGCAAAUGCACAAAUGUAAAGAAUGUGGUAAGUCCUUUCUUGAAUUAUCAUAUCUUAAAACUCAUUACAGAAUCCAUACUGGUGAAAAGCCUUUCAAAUGUAAAGUAUGUGACAAAUCCUUUACCUACCACUCAGCCCUUAAAACACACCAGAAAGUUCACACUGGGGAGAAGCCUUACAAAUGUAAGGAAUGUGACAAGUCUUAUACUAGAUUCUCAUCUCUUAGAUCACAUCAGAAAAUUCAUACUGUAGAGAAACCUCACAAAUGCAAAGACUGUGACAUGUCCUUUAUUGAUCUUGCAAGUCUUAUAAAACAUCAAGGAGUUCAUACUGGAGAGAGGCCAUACAAAUGUAAGGAAUGUGACAAAUCCUUUACCAGUUUCACAGUUCUUAAAAGACAUCAGAUAGUUCAUACUGGGGAGAAACCUUACAAAUGUAUGGAAUGUGACAAGUCCUUUACGCAGGAGUCAAAUCUUAGAAGACAUCAGAGAGUUCAUACUGGAGAGAGACCUUUAAGUUGUGAAGAAUGUGACAAAUCUUUUACAAGGUGCUCCUACCUCAGAGCACAUCAGAAAAUCCAUACUGGGGAGAAACCAUACAAGUGCAACAACUGAUAUAUCCUUUAUCCUGAUUUUGAGCCUUAGAAGACAUUAGAAAAUUCAUACCGGGCAGAAACAUACCAUUGUAAAUCGUGUGACAGCAUUUUCCAGUAUUCUGUGCUUUCAGAUCACAACACUACACAAAAGUAGAAACAUAAACUUGUGAAAGUCUUUAAUGAAGGUUUACAUUUUAAAAGAUAUCCUAGAGUUUAUAUUAAAUAAAA